AUGUCAUCUCAUCAAUAUGAUUUUCUUUUCAAAAUUCUAAUUGUUGGAGACUCUGGAGUUGGAAAGACAGCUAUUUUACAACGAUAUUGUAAUAAUACAUUUGAUGAAAGAUAUAUUUCAACAAUUGGAGUUGAUUUUAAACCGAUGAUAUUAAAUGUUGGUGAAAGAACAAUUAAAUUACAAAUAUGGGAUACUGCUGGUCAAGAAAGAUUUAUGAAUAUAACUGCUGCAUAUUUUAGAAAUACUACUGCUGUAAUAAUUGUUUAUGAUGUUAAUAAUCGAGAUUCACUAAGUAAAGUAUAUUCAUGGUAUGGAGAAGUAAAUGAAAAAACAACGCAACAAAAUCCAGUAAUAUUUUUAGUAGGUAAUAAAAAAGAUGAAAAUUUAAAUUCAUUAAUUGAUAUUGAAGAAGCAAAAAAUAUUGCAUCUAAAUUAGGUAAUAUUAAAGUAAUGGAAUGUAGUGCUAAAGAUAAUAUUGGAAUUAAAGAACUUUUUGGGAGUCUUGUUGAUACUAUUUUAGAAAAAAUAGAUAAUAAUUCAUAUUUACCAAAAGAAAGUCAAUACGUCGAUGGACUAACUAUAGGUGAAAAAAAAGAAUCAAACUGCUGUUAA